AUGGGGGUCAAAGGAUUCGUUGAGGGCGGUAUAGCAUCAAUCGUGGCCGGAUGUUCAACCCACCCACUUGAUCUCAUCAAGGUCCGAAUGCAGCUUCAAGGCGAAAACCACCCAACGGGUGCAGCAAUAGCACGUCCUCCACGCGUUGGUCCCAUUACGGUUGGUAUGAAGAUUGUUCAACAUGAUGGCGUUCGUGCACUUUUCUCUGGUGUUUCCGCCACCAUGUUGCGUCAAACACUUUAUUCCACCACGCGAAUGGGCCUCUACGACAUGAUGAAGACCAAAUGGACCGAUCCAGAUACUGGUAUUAUACCGUUGUGGCAGAAAAUAAGCGCUGGAUUAAUGGCCGGCGGUAUAGGUGCGGCGGUUGGAAACCCGGCGGAUGUUGCAAUGGUACGUAUGCAAGCCGACGGGCGUCUUCCUAUUGCUGAACGUCGUAACUACAAGAGUGUAAUAGAUGCCAUAUCACAAAUGGUAAGAAAGGAAGGGGUUGGUAGUCUUUGGCGCGGUUCAUCAUUGACAGUGAACCGGGCAAUGUUGGUGACGGCGUCCCAGUUGGCAUCGUACGAUCAAUUCAAGGAAACAAUACUAAGCAAAGAUUGGAUGAAAGACGGAUUAGGGACACACGUGACUGCAAGUUUUGGUGCAGGGUUUGUUGCAUCAGUUGUAACAAACCCUAUAGACGUGAUUAAGACACGGGUCAUGAACAUGAAAGUAGAAGCUGGAAAACCACCACCGUACAAGGGUGCGAUAGAUUGCGCCCUAAGAACGGUUAGAGCGGAAGGGGUAAUGGCUCUUUAUAAAGGGUUUAUUCCUACCAUAUCAAGGCAGGGACCAUUUACAAUAGUGCUAUUUGUCACGUUGGAACAAGUUCGAAAGUUGCUCAAGGAUUUUUGA